UUUGCCUUAAGACUCGCUCGCUCUUUCUCCCUCCCUCUCUCUUCUCUCUCUCCGGCUCGUUGUCCACUUUGGCCUGUCCAACCAAAAUUUUCCUUCUUUGUCUCUUUGUUUUUCUUUUUUAUUCCCCCUUUUCCACUUCUGCUCUCUUUCUCCCCCUGUGUCCCUUCUUCGUCUCCGGUUUCCUCUGGGACUCCAAGCUCCUUCGAUCUUCCGUUAUGUCGUCGGAGGGGAAGGGUCUGCCGUUGCCUAAAUUCGGGGAGUGGGAUGUCAACAAUCCCGCAUCAGCCGAAGGGUUCACGGUUAUAUUUAAUAAGGCCAGAGAUGAGAAGAAGACCAGUGGGACUGCUGGGGGGUCAGUGUCACCAGGAAAAGACGACGCCUGCAAGAAAAAUGGCAAUGCUCCGUUUCCCCAAAAGGUCCGGGUGCCAAACCGGGAUAGGACCAAAGCCAACAACUACAGGCGCAGUAGGGGUAUCAAAUUUGCUUCAGUUUAG